UAGAGCUGGCUACCAAACCCCACUAAUCAAAUCAUUUUAGUUUAUCCAUCUUCUCUUCUCUUCUAUUCUAAGCCUUAAUUUCUCAUAAAGAGAAAGAAAAAGAAAAAAAAAAACCUCAAAAACCUAAUGAGUUCCAUAAGCAAAGCUCCUACUGAUUCUACUGAGGAGAGUGGCUGGACUACCUAUUUUGACUACUUCUUUAACAACAGCAACAAUGAUGAUGAUGAUGAUGAUACUAACAACAAUCACAAGUGUUCUUCUGUGUCUUCAUCAACCUCCUCAUCCCUUCUCUCAGAUGCCACUUCUUUGGUUAACAAAAAUGUAUUGUCUCAUAACCAACAUGUUGGGAUUGCGAAAGAGUUUUCUUUGGAUAGAAAUGGUAAAACUGGAUCAAGUUUUAAGAAGAGAAAGAAUACCGUUGAUCGAUCUUUGGAAGAUACGGCAACCUCUCAUCUCAAUUGUCUCAAGGAGAAAGGCAAUACCUCAGGACAAAAAGAAUUGAGUUUAAAUGGGAAGGAUAGUGACUGCACAGAACUAAAGAAGAUAGGUGUUUGUGUAGUUCCUUUGUGAAUGGUAGCAAAGCAUCUAGGUUAAGUUGUUUAUUUUUUUAUUUUUUUUGUUAAACGUAUAUAUACUUCCCUAAAGGAUCCUAGAAUAGUCCCAUGAGUAUUUGUUGCCCCAUGACAUAUCAUUAUUGACCAUUAUUCUCAAAAACUUAAUUAACCUUAUAUGGAUAUUUAAUUGGUAUGUAA